UGCGCCAUCCCUCCUUUGUCCACUGAGGAGAGCUCGACGGCCUGCAGCGUAAAGAUACCGGGGUGUUUCUCUGCAACUCUGCUCGUUUACUACGCUACUCUCCUCGGGAAACGUCUGUUAUUUAAGUAGCUGCAGUUUCGCUCAGGCAGAAGCUGUAACUGAAUCUGGCCGUGCCCGUGCAUUAUGAGCCAGACGGAUGCUAGCAAGAGCAAACCAGAAUACGCCAUAGAGUCGAGCCCAGCACAGAAGAAAAGCAAAAUGGAAGACACUAAAUACCUCCCAGAGCUCCUGGCUGAGAAGGACAGUCUGGAUUCAUCGUUCACCCACGCCAUGAAACUUAUCUCUGCAGAGAUUGAGAGGAUCCAGAAAGGUGAAACCAAGAAAGAACCAGAGAAAGAGACAUAUCUUGACCUGUUUGCCACCAAGAAUCUCAAACUCAAGGAGCGAGUACUCAUUCCUACAAAGCAGUACCCCAGGGUCAACUUUGUUGGUAAGCUCUUGGGACCUCAGGGCAGCACAAUCAAGAGACUUCAAGAGGAGACAGGUGCAAAGAUUUCAGUCCUUGGUAAAGGCUCCAUGAGAGACAAGAAUAAGGAGGAAGAGCUGAGGAAAGGUGGUGAAGCUAAAUAUGCUCACCUUGCAAUGGAGCUGCAUGUGUUCAUUGAGGUGACGGCACCUAUCCCAGAAGCAUACUUGCGCAUGGCUCAUGCAAUGGAGGAAGUCAAGAAGUUCCUAAUCCCAGAACCUGGUGAGCAGGACCCAUACAUGGAUCCUCACUUCCUGAAUGGAUCCCAGGAUGGUUCAGGCAGAGGACGUGGCGGGCAUUUAGGAAGAGGCAGAGGUGUACCACCCGGUGCUGGAGGACCACGGGGACGAGGAAUGCCACGUGGGGCCCCUCGUGGACAAAUGCGUGGUGGAGCUCCACGGGGAGGAAUGGGACGGGGCAACGCUCCCAGAGGUGCACCCUCUGGUAGAGGAGGACCACCUGCAGUGCCUAACAGAGGUGGUUCUGCUUCCCGUUCUAGACCCCCUUCAGGAGGUGCACCAAGGAUGCUCCCCUCCUCUGCCCUUUCCCACCAGCAGCUCCAGGUUCCCCCCUCAGCAUCACAGCCUAAAGUUGAUGGCUAUGAUGAUUAUCCUCCAUAUGAAGAGUCCUACGCAGAGCCUGCCUAUGAGGGAUAUGAUAGCUACUACAGUCAGCAGUCUGCACCUGCGGACACAGAAUAUUAUGAUUACGGACACGGAGAGGCUCAGGAUUCCUCAUAUGUGCCAUACGCUCAAGAUGAUUGGGAUAACUCAUGGUCCGGCUCCGGGGCUGGAGGCAAAUCCGCUCCAGCCAGGCAGGCGAAGGGGUCCUACAGAGAGCAUCCGUAUGGAAGAUACUGAACGGCUACUGGUAGAGAGUUGCUAUGGCAACUGUCUCCGAUUGUAACUCACUUAACUUUUCAAAAGUAAUUCCCGUCACGCUUAAACUUUUUUUUUUUUUUUUAUGCUUGAUUUUAUUUUAUUUUUUGUUUUUUAAACUCAGUAGAGACGUUUUGUUGGAUGUAUCAUAGUGCCAGAGGAGAAACUUGAAUGCAAGGUUUUUCAUUGUUUAUCUGUUUCCAUUUAAUGUUUGUUUCAGUUGCAUAGUUGACAGUCAAGGUCCUAGUGACAAACCUAACUAAGAAACAACAGUGAUAUUUUAGUGAUAUUUGAUGGUUAUCUUUUCAGUUAGCUGUUCCUAUACAAAAUGUGAUUGUGGCGAUAAAUUCUUCUCACGUAGGCUGCAUUAAAAGUCCUUCAUGACUGGACAAAAAUUAUUCAUAAUGCCUCAAUGUAACCUCACUAUAACUAGAAUAUAUUUAGUUGCAAACUCGGACACAGCCCUGAGCUGUUUUGAAAAACAAAAAGUAUGUCUUAUAUACUUAUUUAUACUAUAAUACAAAUCUAGUCUUGUGUAAAGUUAUAGAAUCUC